AUGGAUAAAUCAUCAAUUGUAUUAGAGAUUGGAGGAGCAUAUACAAAAUGUGGAUACACUCAAGAAGCUACACCUAGAUUCAUCAUCAAUACUGAUCUAUCACCUUUAAAUAUAUCAACAUUCUUAUCAAGUGGUACUGAAAUAUCUUUUACAAAUAACAACGAAGAACAACAACAAGAUAAAGAUAAAGAUAGAUUUAAACAACCAUUACAAAAACAAUUAAAAGAAUCAUUAUAUAUAUUUUUAAAUCAAAUCUUUUUCAAAUAUUUAUUAUGUGACCCUGGAGAAAGAAAAAUAAUACUUGUUGAAAAUAUAUUUGUACCUAGAUUAUUUAGACAAGCAUUGGUAUCAGUGUUGUUUGAACAAUUCAAUGUACCAUGUAUAUCAUUUGUCAAUCCAUUGGUUUGUCUUUUACCUCUUAUUAGAACUACUGGUUUUAUUAUUGAUUGUGGUUUAAAUGAAACUAGAGUUUUACCUGUAUAUGAAGGAGUUGGAAUAUUAAAAGCAAUGAAAACAACAAAUAGAGGAUUUAAUAGUUUGAAACAAUGGAUGUUGAAAGAAUUACAAUUGAAAUGUCAAUUUAAAAAUACUAUCAAUAAUACAAUCAUCACUCAACAAGACCAAUUACAAACGAUUCACCAUUCUUUAUUGACCGAUCAAUUGGUAGAAGAUAUUAUUGUUAGAUGUACUGUUAUGGCACCAUUGGAUUAUCCAAUUGAAAAGGUAUCACCAAUCACCUAUCAAUUAAAAGGUAAUAUAUCAAUUCAACUUGAUGCUCAACAAAGACUAGAUAUUGCCAAAUCAAUCUUUAAUUUUACAAUUGAAGAUGAAAUGAAUGAAAAUGAUGAUAUCAUUACUAUUAUACUUAAUUCUUUAUUAGAUUGUGAUAUUGAUAUUAGAAAAAGUUUAUGUCAUAAUAUUGUUUUAAUUGGUGGUACUACAAUGAUUGCAGGAUUUAAAACUAGAUUAAUUCAAGAAUUAAAUAAGCGUUGUACAACAGUGGAACAAGAACCAAGAGGACAAGAAGAGUUAAAAGGUUUAUUGAACCACUUUGAAUUUAUUAAACAUUCAUUCCAACCAAAUUCAUUAAUGUGGUUGGGUGCUUCCAUGAUUGGUUCUCUUGAUACUAUUCCAACAAAAUUAACUUUGGAUCAAUACAUUAAAAAUGGUAGAAAGGUUCCUGAAUGGGAAAGAUUAAAUAAUAAUAAUAGUAAUAAUAAUAAUACAUUAAUUUCAAGUCCAUCAACUAUAGUUACAACUAGUAGUAGUAGUCCUGUACCAUCUACUGGAAAAUAA